GACGAUGGGGGAGUUCUGUGUCCCGUUGCCGUGUGACCAAACAGUAAAGCAGUAUUUUGUUCCAGUCAUUAUCUGCACCCCCACCCCCAGCAAACGACGCGGAGUGCUGAAAAAAAGACAUGACGACUCUCGUAUCUCCCGACCUUUGUGUCGUACGAGAUGUGACAUAUCAUGGAGUAUGUCGGCUCUCUCCUCCCCUCCGCAGGCGCAGCCGCAUCGCUGACAACCGACGGUCGGCGGACAACCGUGAGUCACGGGGGAAUCGGCUUUGUUUCAGGCACAGGUAGAUACCCUGAUAUAUACAGAUACAAUCCAUAUAGAAAAUAAAAGCAGCCCUGUGGAUAUUUGGCCAGUUUGAACUAAACUCUUUCCAGGGCGCCUGCAUUUUACACGAACGUUUGCUGUCACCUGAAGCGACAUUUACGCAACUCCGAGCGUCUCUUCCGUAUUAUGCGCAGCUGUCAGCAGCAGCGUGUCAGAUGAGUGAUACUUUCUAGCACCGAAUCGUUCACAUUGAAAUAUGCAACCGGACGUGUUUUUGGGACAACCUUUCUGGAAAGCGCCGAAGGUUUCGUGGAUUUGUCGGGGGUAAACAUCGGAAAAUUAAGUGUCCGCUUGCAUUACUUGUCAUUUAGUAGCAUAACUUUAAUACAACGCGAAAAUAUGAAAAAUGUCGUCGGAGGAACACACCACUACAGUUUGCGAAAACGGAGCGAUACUCGAAGAAACUUUGGACGGGAGCUACACGGAGGGCUACUCGGGGGAGGAUGGUGUGACGGAGCGCUCCGUGGCACAGACCCAAACGGACCUACUGCUCUUGGAGGACAAAGAGACGCAGACCAGCGCCCCGAUCGUAAUGUGGAAGCAAGACCAAGAUGAAAAGGUCACGCCGUUUCUCCAGUUUAACAGACAGGCGGCAGCUCGGAUUUCCACGUCCCCCACCUUGAGGAGAAUGAGGAGUAGCGUCCGACGGCCCGUGAAGGCCAUCCAGGACCACACGAAGGGGAACGGCACCCUGGAGGACUCGGUCACCUGCGAAUCCCCCGUUCCGGGGAACGCAUUUUCACCCCAGUACAAGCACGGGUUUCCGUUACCGGAACCCGGGAGCUGCCCGGAACAGGGAGUCCGGCCGAACGACGAGCAGGACAACCAGCCCGCCGUGUCCCCAAUGGAAUCCACAAACAGAUCUGGUAGAUGCCAUACGCUGGACAACAGUUUGAUUCAACAUAGAAAAACGACAUGUAGUGUUACUGAACCCGUUUGCGGAACGCCAGAAGUGGAAGAGCACUUGAAUCAGGUAGCGAAGGAUCCAUCCCCAGAACGCCUGGAGGAGCGGAGGCGGAGUUCGGUGGUGAUCAGCUUGCCAGGACUGGACGUGUCUCCGGGUGACCUGUUCGUGUCCAACGGGGCAGCAGGUAUCCUGUCCUCCACCAUUUCAGAUACCAAGAAGUCAAAGUGGCCAUUUACAAGACGUGUUCUGGCCAAAGGAAAGGAAGGCUCUGUGUCAGAUGUGAUGAAGCACCUGUCCACCAUGCAAGUGGAGGACUGGAGGGAUACAGAGCUACAGACGUACAAGGACUGUUCACUGGAGGGCUUCUUGAAGAUCCAUGGCUGCAAAGACAAGCUAGAGGGUGGAGAUCAGGACCACAGGAGGGAAGAGGCCGUGUGGGAACUCUUCACUAGCGAGUGUGUCUACUUCCUCGACCAGCUCAUGGUUCUGAAACAGGUGUUCCUGGUCUCGUUGGCCAACUUGCAGGAGAAUGACUGCCUGCAGGAUGUCGACCCUUGGAAGCUUUUCGCCAAUUUGAACGAGCUAUGCUUGGUAAGCUUUGGCUUCCUCACUAGUUUUUUGCGAGUCAUCAAACAGUCAUGGGAUAUCCCAGUGAGGGACGCCUCACCCGAACUGGCAGAUCUGCUCAUCAAGGGUUUCAAAGACAGCAUCUGCCACUGCCAGCAGAAGUACUGCCUCAACUACUCCACUACAACCUUCUACGUGGAUAGCCUGAAACACAGGGAAGACUUCAAGGCCUACGUCAAGUGGUGCGAGAGCCACCCAGAAUGCCGACGACUACGGCUGAAGGACUUUCAGGUGGCGCCGUUGCAGCGACUAACCCGCUACCCGCUGCUGCUGAGGAACAUCUGCAAGCGCAGCAGCAGCGAAGAGCAGAGCCGGGCCGUGGAGGCCGUGGUGGAGAUAGUGGACAGAAGCAUACAGGAGCUGGAAGGGAAGGUGAAAUGGCUGGAUAACUACCAUAACAUUCAGCGGCUAAAGGAGUGCCUGGUUUGGCCACAGGUGUGGGAGCGGAAUAAGAGGGGCUUCGUUCCCGAGAACUUGAAACACCUCCUCAAGGUUGCGACGCUUGACAACCUCAUUACUCACCGGAAUAUGCUGUUUGAAGGGAAAGUGUCCCUCGUUGAGCAACCGAAGGUGCGCGAGGUCCACCUCUUCUUGUUCGAGGAAUUCCUUCUGAUCACCAAGGUGAAGAGGAAUAAGAAGCACCAGCGGCCCACUGGGCUGGACUCAAACCCAAUGCGACCGGCACUGAGCCAGGAACUGCAGGAUGGCUGCACCUUCAUGGUCCUGGACCAACCCAUCUCACUGGACCGGCUGCAGCUGAGGAACGUCGACCAGUUAAACGCUACAGCGUCUGGCCUGCCCAACACCUUCGUGAUCCUGCACCUGAAUCGCUACCAGCAAUGCGUCGGCGUCUAUAUCCUGCAGGCAGGAUCCGAGACCCUCAAGAAAUGCUGGAUGUCGGAGAUAGAGGGCGCUGUUGCAGCACUGCAGAGACAGGACUCUCAGCAGCCCCGCGUGAGGUAUUCGGCGCAGUGGCUCGAGUCCUCGCAGAUCUAGUCAUGGAACCGUCCCGGAAAUCAAACAACCUUGUAAAUAAAUUUCUGUAUUAGAAUUUCUGCCUUAUUGUAAAAGAGAACUUUUGUCUAGUUUUCAUUUGUUUACAGUUAAAUAAAAUGCAGACCUGGG